GCUUUCAAAGGAGAAGAGGCGUCUAUAGAACAGUACUCGAAGCGCUUUACUGUAUAGCUUGUUUAAAGGGGGUUGUUUUUUUUUUCUUGUCUAAACGGGGCACAAACAAACGACACCAAGUGGUUUCCGACCGUUUUCGUAGCGUAGCUUCAGCCGGAGAGUCGCAAUGCCGAGCCACCCGCUGCGAGUAGCGGUUGUGUGCUCGAGCAACCAGAACCGCAGUAUGGAAGCGCACAAUAUCCUCAGUAAACGUGGAUUCGAUGUGCGUUCAUUCGGGACUGGUUCUCAUGUGAAGUUACCCGGUCCUGCCCCAGACAAGCCUAAUGUGUACGACUUCAAAACAACAUAUGAACAGAUGUACAACGACUUGGUCCGCAAGGACAAGGAACUAUAUACACAGAAUGGAAUCCUCCACAUGCUGGACCGAAACAAGCGAAUCAAGUCAAAGCCGGAGCGCUUUCAGAGCUGCAAGGACAAGUUUGACCUGGUCAUCACCUGUGAGGAGCGCGUCUACGACCAAGUGCUGGAGGAUCUGAGCUCACGGGAGCAGGAGACACUGCAGCCCGUGCACGUCAUCAAUGUAGACAUUCAGGACAACCAUGAGGAAGCAACGCUGGGCGCCUUCCUCAUCUGCGAGCUGUGUCAAUGUAUCCAGCACACGGACGACAUGGAGAACGAAAUUGACGAGCUCCUGCAAGAGUUUGAGGACAAGAGCAGCAGGGCUUUCCUUCACACCGUCUGCUUCUACUGACAGCUGCAAAAAGCACACGCAGGGCCCCGGCACCAAUGGCAAAUAAUGUGACAGUUACAUUUACAGGAUUUGUGUUCAGAGAAACACACACGUGUGCAGAGCCUAACGAAAAAUAUUGGCAAUCAUGUGGUUGGCCUCCACGAGGAGCGCUGACUCGCUGCUGUUCCUCUUGCCUUUAUUCCUCCUGAUCAAGGUCAAGCCAAGGUCAGCCACGCCUCCUGAGGGAGUGCAAUGAUGCCCAGUCCCGCCAUUUUACUCAGUGCAUCUUCAUAAAGAUGAUUCUCCCGCAAUCCUAGUCAUCUAUUGUUCAGUAAUUCAGUCAAUCUCGUCAGAUUUGUCUUCCACACCCAGAACUCUGUAGAUUUGUUUUAUUGAGCCAGGAAGAAUGAUCUGAAUGCUUUUUGUUUUGCGUUUUAAAUUAAGUUAAAAGGUCAAGCUAGCGAAUAACCAAACCUUGACCUCUUUGAAGAAAUAUGUGUUGGCCUGAUACUCAAACUUGGAUAUGUUGUUUUUCAGGGUGUACCUUUUUUUGAGGGGGGGUUAAAAAUGAUGCUUUGUCAGCUCAAGAGUGCCUGAUUUGUACAUAGGAAUAUACUAAAAGAAUCUCUAAGAAA